AAGGAACUCAAAACCGCCUUCCCUUCCAAACUCUGCGAUUUCUUGAAUCGGUUUCUCCAUUGAUAUUCGCCGUUUGAGGUUUGAACAAUGCCUAAAGGAGAAGAUGCAAUAAUAAGAAAGAAGAACAAAUCAAAUAGGAAGAAGUUGCGUAGCGAAUCAGCGAAGGUUUCUAAUCGCGUAGCCGCCAUUAUCGCACAAAAAAAACGUCGUCAAUCCGGCAAGCGCAGAAUGUGUCAGGGAAUGUGUUUUAGCCUCCCUACUCUCGAAGAUCCUUUUAAUGACAAAGCUAUGAUUACUGAUUCCAAGAAAAAAGACAAGACAAAGAAGACUAAGAAAAUUUGGCCGUCAAAGGGUAAUGAUGAUUUGCAAGAAAAAGGCAGUGAUGCUUUAAAGAAUAAGAGAAAGGCCAACAUGGAUCAUCAAUCAAAUGGAAAAAACCAGGAACAGAAGAGGGCUAGGGUUGAGAAAGAGUUGACACGAUCAGAUAAAAAAAGCUGCAAGAAGCUCAGUGGGCAUAUUUCUGAAGGUGAAGGUUGCCCAUCAAAGUUUUUAAUUUCAUGUUUGAAAACGAUACAAGAUACAUUGCAUCAUAAUGAAGCCUUUGAACCGGGGAAACCUUUGUUCUUUGACUCAUGGGGGUUUGAAUUUUGGAGAUGCUAUUCAAACGGCAGAAAUGUAUUGGAGACAAGUGGAGGUUGUGCUACCAUGGAGCAAAUUGCUUGGAUAGGUUCAACUGCUGUUGAUACCAUUACAAAAAAGGAAAAAGAAGGCGUAUCUUUCACCAACCCCUUCCUAUUGUUCCUUGUACCCUCACAAGAGAAGGCAACAAAGGUACGUGCUGUGUGCAAGCCUUUGAAGGCAUAUGGAAUACAUACAGUGAGCCUUCAUCCUGGUGCCUCCAUAGAUCAUCAAAUUCAUGGAUUAAAAACUUGUGAGCCAGAGUUCCUUGUAUGCACGCCAGACAGGCUUUUGGAGCUUGUUUCCAUGGAGGCCAUUGAUAUUUCUGGGGUUUGUUCACUGAUUGUCGAUGGACUGGAAUCUUCUUCCGGAGAUGCUUACCUUGACAGCAUCAAAUCAAUACGACAGUGUAUUUCUGUUGAACCACAUACUGUGGUUUUCUGCGGUGACUUGAGUAAUGCAUGUUUACCUGCUGUGUCAAGUCUUCUACCAAGCCCAGUGUGCAGAUUGUCACGAGAGGAUUUCUUUGUUAACAAGAGCGCAGGCAUAAUCCAGUCCGUUGACGUGGUUGGCUCAGCAGAGGAAAGAUUACAAAAGGGUCUCCGAGUUCUGAACGAGGUUUUCAGUAAUCCACUUGUGCCGGGGCCUUCAAAGCUAACAUUUGUGGUUGGAAAAGACGACAAUCUUGAGGAGUUGGUUUCAGCCAUUAGGUCAAAGGGCUACUCCGCCUCUAUGAAUGGACCGUCCUGUGGUGCAGAAGUUGUGAACAGGGAGAAAGAACCUACGGUCUCUGUGAUCGAUUCAGAAGAUAUAGAUGAUGCCGAUUUAAGCGAUGUUGAGGUGGUAAUUAUAUAUAAUUUUGAUAUCGGGAUAGAGGAGUACAAAAAUAUUCUGGCAGGAAUGGGACGUUAUACCAUGAAAGGGAAAUUGCAUGUGAUAUUAAGCAGAGACGAUGCAACGAUUGCAGCACCGUUAGCCAAGGUUCUUGAACAAUGCGGGCAACAAGUGCCUGAAACCCUUAAACAACUCUGUAACUCUUGUGUUUCCUCAUCACAACGUUAGCUUCAUUGUUGUCAAAAAGUAGUCAUUUUUCAGUGACAUUUUUGGAUUCUUAUUCUUAUUUUUUAGUGGAAUUUAACUAUCAUU